AUGAAAAUAUGUUCAAUCAUCAUACAAAAUAAGAGAGGUUAAAAUAUCUUUGUUGUCUCAUCUAAUGAUUAUUCUCAUGAAUUAUCUUUGCAAUAUUCUAAGGAUAUUUAUAACUAUAUUCUUAGUCAGAUUAGUAUUCAUCAUUUAAUCAUUUAGAGGCAGGAAAAAAAAUUGAUAGAUCUAUUGUUUUAGAUUCAAAUUACCUUUGUAUUUGUAAUGUAAAUAAAGAUGUAAUUCAAAUCAAUCUAAUUUCUUUAGGCAAUAUUUUUAGUUAUUGUAUAACGAAAUGAAUUAUUCUUGGGAUAUGAAGCAAUUAAAAAACUCGCAGAAUUUUAUGCAAAUAAUUAUAAAUAAGAAAUCACCACAAGGAAAUAUUAAGAAGUAAAAUUUCUAUUUUUACUCUUAGAUGUUACUUAUACUCGAAGAAUUUUUGUAUACUAAAGAAUUCUUACCUCAAAAAUUAUAAUUUAAUUUAGCUGUUAAAGUAUCUGCAUCUUCAAAAUGUAUUGCAGAUUGUGAUCAUCUUUAAAAAUUUUCAUCAUUAUAAGCAACUAUUGAAAAAAAUCUAAUUGCAAAUAUACCGCUAAAAUAUGCAAAAAAACAACAAAUUAUAGAAAAAGAAAUAGAUAUAAUUAAUAUGCUUAUAAAACCAAUAAUAAAUUCAGAUGAAUAUAAAUCUAGCUAAGAAGAAGUAUAAUGGAAAUAAAAAUACAAAAAGAAUCUUUAUGAUUGUGCAUUUAAAAUGAAGAGCAAGUAAGUUCAUAAAGAGAACAUAUUCCAAAAAUAUUAACCAUAAAAACCUAAUAUCUAAUAUAAAUAACAUACCUAAAAAUAAUCAUAGCUUGUAAAUCAAUAUAAAGGUAUUAGCAGUUCUGACAUUCAAAUAAUGAAGCUUAUUUUUUAAGGAUAAAUGUAAAGAGCAGGAGGACAAUAAGAUAAUACUAACUAAUAAAGCAAAUAAUAAUAAACAAAGCCUAUUUAGUAAUAGCAUUGUAGAUAGAUUAAUUUAUUAGAUUAUGGAGAAAACUUUACUUCAAUAGAGGCUCCUAAAAUCUAAGUUCAAUAAGCAUAAAUUUCUACUGAUGAAUAACCAAAAACUAAUCCUAUUUAAGUGAAGCCAAAAUUACAAUAAAAUGCAAAUGAUCUAUUAGAUCUAGAUGAUAGGCCAACUAAUUAAAUACAAGCUCAAAUUUAAGCAAAUUCUGGGCCUGAUUUAUCAUUUUUAAGUUUAUCUCCAGUAAAAUAAAAUGAACCAUAAUUAAAAAUGAUUGAGAAAAUGGUGAUAGCAUAGAAAGAUGGAAGAUUAAAAGAACUUAAAAUAUUUGGAUAGAUAGCUUUAGAUGGAGAUUUUACUAAUGAUGAUUAAUCAAAUUUGUAACUUUUAGGUUAAUAUUGGUAAGAUACAUAUGGAUGCUAAAGAAGAAUAACUCCAAAUUCUUUAGAAUUACAAUAAUUUAACGAGAAUAGUUAUAAAAUGAUUGUUAAAAAAGCUAAUUAUAAGAAUCCCAAGGCAAUUAUUGAUUAUAUAAUUCCUACAAAAGCAUUUACAUAAUAGAGGAUUCCUGUUAUAUUUUUAUAUAGAUUGGAAUGUAAAUAAUAAUUCGCUAGUUAUUGUCUUCAAUAUAAGGUGAAUGAUUAAUGGUAAGUGCCAUUACAAGAUAUUGUAAUAGAAGUGAAUUUAGAGAAAGAUUUAGAAUUUGAUGACUUAAAAACAAUGCCAGUAGCAUAAAAUAUAAAUGAUAAACAAAUUACUUGGAAAGUAACAUUAUGUGUUAAGAGUAGACUAAACAAUUAUUGUAAUAGUAGAAAGGAAAAUUAAUUUUGAAUCUAACAGGUAUUAAAAAAUAAGGAUAGGAAAUUUUAAAUCAUAUAAGAAUAAGUUUAAAAGCAAAUGUAAUAGAUAAAUAUAAAUAUAGACAUCUGUUAUAGAAAAUAUGGAUAGUAUAAUGUUUUAUAAUAGCUAAGAAUAUAUGUGUUAAAAAAAGUUAAGUGUGGAAUACAAAAUAUAUCCGAAUUCUUGA